UUAACCACAGAAUUUAGUGAGCGACGCCAAAUCUUUCUAUGGAUUGCUUCUUUCGCCUCUUUCGCCAUCAAACUGCCUAUGGUACCUGUUCAUAUUUGGUUACCCGAAGCUCAUGUAGAGGCACCUACGGCAGGAUCCGUCAUCUUGGUAGGAAUUCCUUUAAAUUUAGGAACCUACGGGUUUUUAAGAUUUUCAAUACCCAUGUUUCCCGAAGUGCCACUUUGUUUUACUUCUUUCAUUUAUACUUUAAGCGCGAUUGCUAUAAUAUAUACUUCCUUGACCACUUCAAGACAGAUCGAUCUUAAGAAGAUCAUUACUUACUCCUCAGUAGCCCAUAUGAAUCUGGUGACUAUUGGUAUGUUUAGUCGGGCGGUGGCCGGAAUUGGAGGUAGCAUUCCACCGAUGUUAAGUCAUGGACUGGUUUCUUCAGCCCUUUUUCUAUGUGUUGGUGUUCUAUAUGACCGACAUAAGACUCGACUUGUUAGAUAUUACGGAGGUUUAGUGAGCACCAUGACGAAUCUCUCUACCAUUUUCUUUUCUUUUACUUUGGCAAAUAUGAGUUCACCUGGUACUAGCAGCUUUAUCGGGGAAUUUCUCAUCUUAGUAAGAGCUUUCCAAAGAAAUAGCUUAGUAGCCACAUUAGCCGCGCUUGGGAUGAUUUUAGGCGCGGCGUAUUCCCUUUGGCUAUAUAAUCGUAUGGUUUCUGGAAAUUUAAAACCCGAUUUCCUCCAUAAAUUCUCCGAUUCAAAUGGCAGAGAAGUUUCUAUAUUUAUACCUUUUCUUGUUGGAGUUGUUUGGAUGGGUGUUCACCCCAAAGUGUUCCCGGACUACAUGCAUACAUCCGUAAGUAACUUAGUGCAACAUGGCAAAUUUCAUUGA